AUGAACAUGCUAGGAGUUUUAUUCCCACUGCUGUAUUCCCAGCUCCUCCUGGACGCAGCCUUUGGGAUCCACAGGAACGUCAGUGCUCCUCGCCACCACCCGCCGUCCUACAUGAUGCGCCUUUAUCGCAGCUUCAGACCCAGCCAGACCCCAUCCGAGGAUUACACGGAGCAAGACAGGUCCAAGCAGGCCGACACCAUCCGGAGCGUCAUGUCCAAGAGUUUGACCUACCGAGACGCACGCUGGGUCGCAACCUUUGACUUCUCCUCCCUGCUGUCAGACCACCACGUCCAGACGGCCGAGCUGAGGAUCCGCGUCCCCCCAGCAACCGGCCGCCCAGGGAACGUCACCGUGGAGAUCCAGCAUCAGCAGGACCGUCCGUGCCACCGCCACGACGUCUGUCUGGAGGACCAGUCGAUGGGGCUCCUCCCAGAAUCCUCUCUGAUCAGCUCGUCCAGCCACUGGAGGGUCUACAACGUCACCUCCCAGCUGGUCCAGUGGAUGGAGAAGACGCUGUCUCAGAGGAAAAGGAGGCUGCCGAGGAUCAGGAAAGACCACCCAGGCCUGAAGGCUGCGCCUAACGGAGCCAACAGGGCCAUGCUGGUCGUGUUCUCUCACACGGGAUCAAAGAAGGGCCCUCAGGACAAGGCGAGUCUCCUCCGGACGGCAGAGCGCUCCAAGUUCCUGCUGGCGUCGGACGGUCAGGUGGUUCAGAGGGUGAAGCGGCAGAGGAGCCGGAGAGGUCAGCCCAUAAAAAGGCAUUCGGAGACCCUGAGGCCAGAGAAGGAGAAGAAGAACCUGUGCAGGAGAGUGGACAUGCACGUGGACUUCAACCAGAUCGGAUGGGGCUCCUGGAUCGUCUUUCCCAAGAAGUACAACGCCUAUCGCUGCGAGGGAACCUGCCCCAGCCCGCUGGGGGAGGACUUUCAGCCCACAAACCACGCCUACAUGCAGAGCCUCCUGAAGCAUUACCACCCUGGCCGAGCUCCUUCUCCCUGCUGCGCUCCAACCAAGAUGAGCCCCCUCAGCAUGCUCUACUACGAGAACGGGGAGAUGAUCCUCCGGCACCACGAGGAAAUGGUGGUGGAAGAGUGCGGCUGCCUGUGA